GGUGAGCUCACUUCCGGGGAGGCCGAACGGGAGCCGGAGAGGAUCAUAAUAGAGCCCCGCCCACCUUCACGGUGCCGCAGCGCGGUGGCCGCCAUGACGGUCGGAGGGCCGGUUUGCUACGCGCUGCUGUGCGGUCAAGCGGCGCUGUUGCUGGGCAACCUCCUUCUGCUCCAAGGGGUGUCCCGGAGCCACCAACACAACGCCACCGAGAGUCCGCCCGGGAGAGCCGCCACCGACGACCCGGGGCAGCCCCUUGACGCCACCGCCGCCUCCUCUUCCUCCUCCGGCCUCUGGGAGUACCAGGGCCCUUACGCGCCGCUCGUCCGCUGCGAUCACUUACCUGAGGAGUUCAUCGAAUGCGAAGCUCCGGUGGAUCACGGUGGAAACACAAGUGCCCGAGAUGAACUGGGUUAUGGGUGUCUCAAGUUUGGUGGUCAAGCAUAUAGCGACGUGAGCCACACUCAGGUGUUCUGUAAGGCGCUGGAUGGCAUCGAGUGUGCGGGCAAUCGGACCUUCCUGCGUGGAAAUAAGCCGUGCAUAAAAUACACAGGGCACUACUUCAUCACCACUCUCCUCUACUCCUUUUUCCUGGGCUGCUUCGGAGUUGAUCGGUUUUGCCUCGGGCACACCGGCACAGCGGUCGGCAAGCUGCUCACUCUGGGAGGGCUUGGGAUCUGGUGGUUUGUGGACUUAAUUCUCCUGAUCACUGGAGGACUGAUGCCCAGUGAUGGCAGCAACUGGUGUACUAUUUAUUAAAAAAAAGAAAAGACCCUACUGCUUGGAUUGGACCUCAAUCAAAGAAGAGUUUUUAUCUCGUCUGAAGCCUAAUGCUUGAACACUGUUCCGUAGCAACGACAGAGACGACACUGGGUGUAUUUAUUUUGCACAGAGAGAUGCUCACCGUAAUUCUGAUGUACAUACCUCGUUCUGCUUUCCAAAUGGAAGCCGUGCUUUUCCUGACUGCAAAAGAUGGUGAAGAUAUCUGUGCAAUAAGCCGACGCAAUGGUUUCGCCGUCUAAGGAAAGUAUUGUCUUUCUCUGGGUCCUUCCACACUUCUGCAUUCCAGCAGGUGCCGAGGCAGUACCUGUUGUUUACCUCACUCUGCUUCAUCCCUGUUCUCAGUGUUGUGUGUUUAAAAGUGUUUUCCCAAUAAAGCUGUACAGCCAGCAUUUGCUGGAAACCAUG